UCGGAAUUUACGCUCACUUUUGGGAUGCGAAAAAUAGUCGUUAACGGUCGUUUUACUGUCUGAAGCAGGUGCACUGUGGGUAAAAAGUUGUGGUGUGUCAUUUGCGGCGAUGCAUGGAGGCGAAGACAACCCUGUGUGAUUCUGACGAGUCGGAAAUUUGAAGAAAAGAUCUUUGAAAGGGAAUCUCUGCCACAAACUGGAACCAGAUUCGACCAGACACGUUUCCUUGAGGAGACUUACCGUAAGGGCAGAUUGGAUGCAUUUGUCACUGGAUACGAUGGACAUGGUGGAUGAUGGCUGCCUCUCAACGGACAACUACCAUGAUCUGGGUAAAGGCGGCGCUUCGGGGAUGGGAGGCCGCGUGCACAGCAUCGACGUGAUUCUGGGCUACAGUAAAGACCAGGAUCCUCUGCUCAACCCGGUCGGGCCUGUCGGCACACACAAAGUGGACAGAGCAGAUCUGGGAGAAGAGGAGAAACAAGUGACCUCUGACCCCUACGGCCACCUGCAAAGUCUUCCGGAUAAUUCACAGCAGUCAGCUGUGUAUCACGAUACUGGACUUUACUCCACAGAGAAGUGCGACGCAGAUUUGGGAGAUCCACGGAGCAAUGUGGAGAGCGACAGUCGCUCACCGGACGCUCCUGAUGAGGAUCAACCUAAAAAGAAACACAGACGCAACAGAACCACCUUCACCACCUAUCAGUUACACGAGCUGGAGCGCGCUUUUGAGAAAUCCCACUACCCAGAUGUGUACAGUCGAGAAGAGCUGGCUAUGAAAGUCAACCUCCCAGAAGUUCGCGUUCAGGUUUGGUUCCAGAAUCGGCGUGCAAAAUGGCGGCGACAAGAAAAAAUGGACAUGGGAAGCAUGAAGCUCCAUGACUCGCCUAUGCUGUCCUUCAACCGACCGGCCAUGGCGCCCAACGUAGGGCCAAUGACUAACUCUCUUCCUCUGGAUCCCUGGUUGUCCUCACCGCUCUCCAGUGCCACUCCCAUGCACAGCAUCCCGGGCUUCAUGGGACCCGGCCAAAGCCUCCAGCCCACCUAUACGGGCCACCCUGGCUUCCUGAACACUUCUCCAGGCAUGGUGCAGGGAAUGCAACCCAUGCCACCACCUCCUUACCAGUGUCCUCCAGCAUUUAAUGACAAAUACCCACUGGAAGACGUGGACCGCAGCGGCUCUAGCAUCGCAGCUUUGAGGAUGAAGGCCAAGGAGCACAUUCAAUCCAUGGACAAAACCUGGCAACCCAUGUAAUGGGAAAAUGGGGAGCGUUAUAGUAUUUUAUUGGGUUCUCAUAGACAUUUGGAUGCAUUUUUAAAAAUGCGACCAGCAUCGCAACAUUAGGAUUAGGGUUCACCCGAAUGCCAUUGGCAAGAUCUGGAAACGUGAAGUAUUGAAAGCUUGUUCUCAUUUUAUAGCUUCUGGCCAAUAAGACAAAACACAGUUUGAUUUGAAGGACCUUUGAGAAUAUUUUCAUAACACAACUAAUGCUUGGAUUUACGCCGAUGGUCAAACCUGCUUGGUGCCUUGGUUUCAUUUUGGGUUGCCAAGUCUGCAGUUUUUUCCACGGAAUGGGGCUACUUCUACACUGUUGUCGCGGGUUGUUUUUAGUCCACAGGUUAAAGCGAUCUCUUCCACCCCAGAAUGCAAUUAGAAUAGCAAUUGGGCUGUAUUUUUUGUGCAGACCUGGCAACCAUGACAACAAAGCACAGACUGUUUGGGAUCGUGGUAUCUACAGUAAGCUGUUUCUUACUUCUUACCCGCAAAUGUCGAGCUCCGUAGGAUUCUGGGUUUCAGUCGGUGCCAAGCUUCUCUGCUCCUCCAGGUUGAAGACUCGCAAUAGCAAGUUUGGCCCGUUGGCAAUUUAACAGGACAGCGCAGCUUAGCACAACUGAUACCUCAAUGCCUGUUCAGAGGCUACAUUCAUGUUCUACCAUCUAGACAUGAGAAAUUAUUUGAAGAAUCACUUGACUUUGAUUUAAAAGAAAUGACUUUGAUCAAAUAAACUUAAACCUAGAUACAGAAUGACUUUUGAAUUGUAACUUUAAAUGAGUAGCUGCAUUAUCAAGCCAUGGUGUGAAGACUGUUUCUAAUAUAAUCGCACAUAUUUCACCCGUGUCACAGUCCUGUUUGCCAUUCAACAUGAUCAUAUAAUCAUAUAAAAUGAGUCUGAGGUUUAACGUUUCAGUGUCUGUGGGGUCUGUUUCAAGCACUGAUGGUCAAAUGUCUCAAAAGGUGAAUUUUAUGAAGAAAGUCUGUUAUAUUUCACCCCAAAAACAAGAGGACAGUAUAAGAAAUUAUAUAUUUGCACAAAGAAA